GCCAGCGCGGAAGCUAGGCGUCCGGACUCUUGGCUCUCAGCUCCCAGCACUGGGCGGGAACCCGGGGCUCGCAGCCAUGCCCCCCCCCCCCCGCGCUUGCAGAUCCCGCACAGAACCCAGGCUUCCACCCGCGUUUCUUCCUAAUGCCCCUCGUUCCGUGGAGGCUGUUGGGGCCCCGAUGUGGGGUGUCCCCAGGCCGGCAGACGCGGGUGGGGGGGGCCCUGGGUCCCUCUAUACUACCAAUUGGGAGGGGGGGGGGUCGCUGCCCCAGCUCCGUCCCACAACGCCCCCCCCCCAAGGCACGCACUCAUCUGCCCCUCCUCCACCAUGUGACCUUUGGCCCCUCCCCCGCCCUCACCUGCCCGGGAGAGCCCGAGAGUGCGGGCGCUCGGGACGCACCAGCCUCUGGAGGGGGGAGAAGAGAGGGAGCUCCGGAGCGUGCGGGUGUGGACUUACCCCCCACCUUGGGGGGCACCUGGACCGCCCCCCCCCCCGGCCACAGCUGGACCGGGGCCCCCCACAGGUAGACCGGGACGAGCUGGGGCAGGGAAGGACACAGCGCCUCCCAGCGGUUGCCCCCUCUCGGGCAGGUACAUCUGGCCAUGCAGGGGGCCCUGGCUCUUCUCCUGGGUGGCCUCCCGCAACUCUCUGGCCUUGCCAGCUCUCCCCAGCGGCGCCAGCUUCCCACGCAGGGAUCAGAGCAAGUUUUCCUGGAGGCAGGACAGGCACACAGGUUCCUGGGGCGCCGGCUGCACUACAACCACUGGGACUUUGAGCUGGUGACACCAGGAAACCUGGAGCGCGAGUGCCGUGAAGAAGUGUGCAACUACGAGGAGGCCCGAGAGAUCUUUGAGGAUGACGCCCUCACAAAAGCCUUCUGGGAGACCUACCCCUAUAAUGGCAGAGGCGGGAGCUCAGACACGGCCGGUGUGGAUGUGGCUGGCCUGGUGGCUGCACUAGUGGCUGCUGUGGUGCUGACCGUCCUGUUCGCUGUUAUCCUCAUGUACUGGGUCAGGUACCGGAAUAAAGACAGGAGGCAGCGCAGCAUCCUGGUGCCCCUGAACCCUGAGCUGCCCCUGAGCCGCCUUCCAGAGACCCCCAAACCACCAGAUGCUCCUGGGCUGCCAUCCUACCAGGAGGCCCUGGAGGCUUCAGGGGCCUAUGAUGCACCCCCGCCACCCUAUAACAGGGACUCUGUCCGCUGAUCAGACUGACAGCCCCUGCAGCAUGAUGGGGGUGGGGAGAGCAUGUGCGAGAGAUGUAAGUGUGUGUUUAACAUGACCAGCAUGUGUGUGACUGGGGGGCAUGCGAGACAUGAGUGUGUGAGGCAAACAAUGUGUAUGUAACAUGGUGGGGGGUGUGCAAGGGGCAUGGCAAUUGUGCAAGGUGGUAGGGGCAGAGGAUUGGGUGAGAAGGGAGUGUGCAGGUGUAACCUGUUACCAGGCAUGUGUGGAUGAGUGUGCAACGGAGUAAACGUGUCAGUUGGUGGGUGAGGGGGCAGAUAUAAAAGAUGGGGCAUGUGUGUGAGAGGGAAUGGGUAUGUGAUAGAGGUGCGCAUGUGAUAUACCACUGAGGUACAUGUGGCUGUGUGCACAAAGGGUGAAUGUGCAAGGCAGAAUGGCAUGGGUGGGUGUGUGUGCAUGGUGUGAGAGCAUGCACACCUGUCGAGAUGAGUGCAAACGUGUCUGUUCCCAUGUGUCUGUCUCUCUCUCGACCCAGCUCCCCCCCAAGCCCCAAUGGCCUUUACCCAGGGGCUUCCCCGAUUUCCCACCCCACAGCUCCUGGGAGGAGGAGCCACCCCUGCCUGUAAUGGUUAUAUGGAAAUAAAGUGUGAAUAACCUGCCAGA